AGAACGUUGGAGGCUGCGCGUUCCGUUCGCUCUAAUUAGAAGCCCCCGGCCUCGCGGAAGGGGUUGCAACCGGCAGCCGCGAUGAAGCGCUUCUGGAGCAGCCGGUGGCUGGCGCCGGCCGCUUCCCUGGCCCUCGGCCUGGGGCUCGGAGUGGGGCUGACCGGGCGGCGGCCGCAGCAGCGCCAGGCAGAGGAGGCAGCAGCAGCGACGGGGCUGCUGGCUCGGCUGCCGGUGCUGCCGGUAGUGGCCGCCGCCACCCCUCUGCCGCUGGCGCCCGCGGACGCGACGCGGGGUGGGGAGCUCACCAAGUACGGCCUCCCGGGGCUGUCGCAGCUGCGGAGCCGGGACUCCUACGUGCUGUGCUACGAUCCGCGCAACCGGAGCGCCCUCUGGGUGGUGGAGCAGCUCAACGCGGCCGGCCUGAGCGGCGGCUCCGACCGCGCCGCUUGCGACUUCCGCGAGGACGACUCUGUGCACGAGUACCACCGGGCCACCAACGCCGAUUACCGGGGCAGCGGCUUCGACCGGGGCCAUCUGGCCGCCGCCGCCAACCACAAGUGGAGCCAGAAAGCCAUGCUGGACACUUUCUACUUGAGCAAUAUCGCCCCCCAGAAUCCUCAUCUGAACCAGAAUGCCUGGAACAACCUGGAGAAGUACAGCAGGAGCUUGACUAAAUAUAACAAGAAUGUCUAUGUCUGCACUGGACCACUUUUUCUCCCCAGGAUGGAGGCAGACGGGAAGAUGUACGUGAAGUACCAGGUGAUCGGCAAAAGCCACGUGGCUGUCCCCACUCACUUCUUCAAAGUGCUGAUUCUGGAGAAGCCCGGCGGGGAGAUAGAGCUGCGUUCUUACGUCAUGCCCAACAGCCCUGUGGAUGAGACGCUCCCGCUCGAGCGGUUUCUGGUUCCCAUCGAGAGCAUUGAACGGGCGUCGGGCCUGCUCUUUGUCCCCAACAUCCUGAAGAGGACGAGCAACCUGAAAGCUAUCACUGCCGGCAGCAAGACCUAAUCUUCCCCAAAACUGAUGGCGGACAGCCAUUGCCACUGAGCCAAACACUUUUGCUGUAGCACUUGGUUUGGUACUAAUGUGGAAUUAAUUUUCUGUCCAGCUGCCCUUUAGAGAGACCUUGCAACAUGCGACUGCUGGUCCCAGAUCUGCCCGGGAUCUGUUGGGGCGGGGCAGGGGGGAAAUCGCUCUUCCGUCUGGCACAGGCUUCAAGAUAGUGGUGUCAGCUGUCAGGCUUCCCUAUCAGGAAGGUGUCUGGGGUUCUACAGCAGUGGAGGAGGCAGGCCUGAGAAAGCUGUACCAUGGUGGGAUUUGCUCCCCAUGUAACAGCAAUUUGCUCUUUUAAGGGUACCACUGAAAGGGGGAUGAAAGCAACUUUGUUUUUAGUGGCUGACAGCAGGGCAGAAGUAGAUGUCAUGAGACGCAGCUGCAGUUCUGAACUCUCCGUGAGUUUUUGCAGGAGCCAGUCAGCUCAGGCGGGGAGUGCUGAACUCUGUCUCCCUCUCACUGCUUCUGCUCAGCACACACACACCCUCCCCCUGUGCAUUUUUAUUGCAGCUGGUCUCCAAAUCAUAAAAUAAGCUUGGUGGAAGUAAAGCAGCUAGCUAGGGGGAGACCUGGAAGACAUGCCAAAGCUUCCAUAUGUCUUUGGACUUUGCAUUUGUGUGACCGUAGCAAACUGGCCAAGGGAGCAUGCAGCUCUGCCCAUAGAACUUAAGUUGAUUUUGCUACCAGUUCCUGCAAAUGCUGUUCUAAAUAAAAUCAAGUGAAAAUGCUGAA